AUUGCCAAAAAGGUGAUUUUUUUUUUUUUGAUUUAAAAAAUUUUGCACAGUAGAAAUAAAAUAUUAUUCUCAGCAGGACAGCAUUCAGUGAGUUACCAUAAAGAUCAUGUCUUAUAAAUAAAAUUUGUACGCAAUAGCCAAUAAGAUUUAAUCAACCAUGCUGGGUUGCCUUUAAGCUUUUUGUGUGCAAAACAAAUGUUUUGUUAUGGUCAUUCAGACUACACACCCUUUUUAUUUAUCCUUUCAUUUUAUUACAAAGAAAUGUAUUGUGAGCAAUUGUAGUUACAUACAUUAACUGGAUGUUACAUUGUUUUUGUUUAUACACUUUUAGAUUUAUGCUGCAAGUGCAUCUGACACCAUUAAUCACAGGGAAGGGUGAAAACAUGAAGCAUAAUAAAAGUAUUACAGGAGUUGAGUCAAUAUAUUUUCACUAUGGGUGUGAUUACCAUUUAAUUACGUCAAAUUGGCAUAUUUGAAGAAAACGGGCUUCAGAAGUAGGGCAUGAAAACGGUCAAAGGUAUUUCUACAGAGUGACUCAUCUUCUCAACGCUAAAGCAUCAGGUCCGGGUUAAGCCUCGCCCCCUGCCUCAUACCUGUGGUCUGAGCAGUUACAAAAAGCAGCUCCCAGCUACCUCGUGGACGGGUCAAGAUGAGUCUGCCGGACUACAAAUCCUCCGAGAAGCAGUCUUUACCCGCAGAUCCACACUAUCCCGUCGUGCAGUUGAACGUCGGGGGCCAGCUGUUCAGCACCUCUGUGAACACGCUCAGGAAACACCCCGACUCCAAGCUGGCCGAGCUGCUCGGCAGACAGCCCAAAACACGCGGCGAUGCCCAAGGGCGCUUCUUCAUCGACCGCGACGGUUCACACUUCGGGGCCGUCCUCGAGUUCCUGAGAUCAGACCGGCUGCCCACGGAGAACAUCCAGGAGGUUCACAGGGAGGCGGUGUACUACAACAUCAAACCACUGAUCAAACGCUUGGAGGAAACUCCCCAGCUGUUCGGAGAGCUAGUGGGGAGGCUGCAGUUCCUCUCCAGAGUCCCGCACUACAAAGAGAACAUUGAGGUGCUGAUUCGCAUCGCCAGAGCCGAGGCCAUCGCCGCCCGCCACUCCAGCAUCAUGAUCUGCGUUCUUCGGACGGAGGAGGACCUGGGUUUCUAUGACCACGCCAUCAGCAGCCUGGAGGCGGAUAAGAAGUCCGUGGUGACGUUCGGACCCUGGAAGGCCGCUCUGUCCGCGAAGGAUCUGCUGGACUGCGUGAAGAUGGACAUCGAGAGUCAGGGCUACAGGGUCAGUAUCCAGCCCCACGCGGUGGAGAAGAGCUUCCUGUCCAGGAGCUACGACUACUUCCACAAACUCACGUUCACCUGGUGGUGAUGAAAGGGCUGCAUAUGCCGUUUCUGACAAAAGACAGACAGCAUUUUGCCUAAAUACUUAAAAAAGUCUAUGCACCUUUGUGAAAAUAAAUGGGUCUUGAUUUUUAGACACAAGGGAUUAGUUAAGCAUGUGUAUAUAAUGAUAUUUUAAAGGUUGUGUUUACGACAAAGACCUUUGUCUUAUACUUUGCCUUAUUUUAGAUGGAUAUUAUUUCAUAUCCUGUGUAAUGUCAGUGAAGUCUGCAGAUAAAUUUGA